AACCGCCAUAAAACACUACUAGAAGAAGAUAGAAGCUUUUGUUGUGCAACAUGUCAGCCUCCAAGUGACAGCAGCUGGAUUUGAUCAGUGGUCGAGGAAAUUAAAAUGGUUCAUUCAGAGGAUUGCAACAUUAUUUUCCGUGUCAAAGGCAUCUUGGAGUUUGUUUGCCUACUUGAUGACUCGAAUGAUGCACAGUGCACCAUCUCAAAAACCUUCCAGGGUCUCAGUUCCAAAGUAUCAUCAAAAAACCUUGUAUUCACUGUCAGUAACAGUGCAGUAUUAAUAUGGCCCAACAACUGUUUCCAAUCCAGCAUGGAUAGCUUGACAGACACAUCAUCAUGUGGAGAUAUUCUGAAGUAUAUAGAGGCAGAUAAUAGUGAAAGCAAGAAAUCAUCAAAAAAGAAAGAUAGGAAAAAUUCUGGACCUACUGUUGUAAAUAUGAAGCUGUUGUUUGAGGUGACCGAGCCGGCUGGCAAUGAAGCUCCUAAUCUUUAUAGAAUGGUCGGACAACAGCACUUUGCGAGGAUGCCUCUGCCUAUGGACUGUAUUCUGUAUGUGACCAGUAAUGAGAGCUUGGCAAAUGCAUGUAAUGGGCUGGUGGAAGCUUUGAGUAAGCAGUUAUCAGACAUGGAGGAGGUGGUAAUACGGUCCAGAAAGGGCUCGUCUCUCCUGGUUCCACAGCCGUUUCACUUUCAACUGCCCGAACCCACUGGACACACCACUGUAAUCUACCCUGCAGGAGUACCAGACAGUCAACUGCAGGGAGUCAGAGAGGAUCUGCACAAGAAGUUUGAGUUGCCAGGCGACAGGCCAUGCCUCAGACGCGCAAAUGCUUUCCGUUUCCCUGAUGAAGCAUACAAAGAUGGUUACCUCCGCAACCCCCACAUACACCUCAACCCACCUAACAUUGACGAUGCAAAGCUGUAUCUAGUGCAGGGUGUGUACAGCUACCACCACUACAUGCAGGAUCGUGUGAAUGAUGACGGCUGGGGCUGUGCAUAUCGCUCACUUCAGACCAUCUUCUCAUGGUUUCAGCAGCAAGGAUACGUAGAGAUGGCUGUUCCCACACACACACAGAUCCAGCAGGCACUGGUGGAUGUGGGGGAUAAAGAGCCUCACUUUUUCGGCUCACGUCAGUGGAUCGGCUCUUUUGAAGUUCAGGCUGUUCUUAAUCAGCUGCUGGGGGUCACCUCAAAGAUCAUGUUUGUCAGUCAUGGAUCUGAGCUCGCUACUAAGGGCAGAGAACUAGCCAACCACUUUCAGACUGAAGGAACACCUAUCAUGAUUGGUGGGGGCGUGCUUGCACACACUAUUCUAGGUGUAGCAUGGAGCGAGAUCACUGGACAGAUUCGGUUCCUCAUCCUUGACCCUCACUACACCGGAGGAGAGGACCUGCAGAUCAUCAUUGACAAGGGCUGGUGUGGAUGGAAGGGGCCCGAAUUCUGGGAUCAGAAUGCCUAUUACAACCUCUGCCUUCCCCAAAGAUUCAAGACCAUUUAAGUCACUUCUACAACACUGACUUUUUUAUCUAAAGAAAUAAGUGAACUUGCAGGAAACCUUAUUGUUUUAAGUACAAAUCAAAAUCACAUAAACACAAAAAGUAAAUGUUUUUUUAAUUUUAUUUUUUUAAACAUGGCCUUGUUUUUCUGUCACACUGAGUUCCGAAAUGUAAAGCAUCUUUUCCAGUCAUGUUUUUAUUCGCAAAUUAUGAAAAAAUUUACUUGAAAUUACAAAUUCAUCUUUUCAACUUCAGAAAGGCCUUUCACGAUUCAAAAAGAUAAGGCCUCUUAAAAUGCUAUAAUAAAAAACAUCUGAAAUCUCUUG